AUGCCGCCCGGCGCAGGUCGCGCGCUUCGCCAGGUCAUGAAGGACCUGCGCUCGCCCAAUCGCAGCCCCGCGCGGCGGCGCGCCGAGCCGCCUGAGUACGACGACGAAUGGGAGGACGAUGAGGUGGCGGGGCCGGCGGGGACGGGCGGAGUCGCCGCUCCCGGGGUGUCCACCCGCCCUCCCGCGCAGCAGCAGCAACAACAGCGGGGUGGGCGGAACGGCGCGUACUCGGGCGCGGGAGGGGGGAACCCUCGCGCGUUUCCGCACGCGGUGAAGGUGGCGUGCUGGAACAAGGCGGAGACGGUUCCCGGGCGCGAUCCGGACAGGUGGCGCAGAGACGCGGCGGGAAACGUGGUGUUUCGGCAGCUGGUGGCGUGUAAGGGGUGUCUCUGCUACGACUACGAUCACGUCGUUCCGUACUCUAAGGUGUGUGCAGUGGAGGCGUUUAUUCCAAGGCGCAGGUGGGCGGAGAGGACGGAGAUGGGGAAAGGCGGAGGGGCAGAGCCUUCCACUCUCCCAUCUGCCCCCUACGGAGGCAAGAGCACGUUGGACAACUGUCAGGUGCUGCAGGCAAGUGAAUGGCCCCUCCUGUCUUCCGUUUUCUAG